GGUGAGAUCGAGCGAAAAGAGCUUUGUCGUGGGUAGGUGUACAUACACUCCACGAUGGCAGCUCAGGUCGACUCAGACCAGUCCUCCUCGCGGGUCUUACCCGGCGAAGAUGAUGGACGACGGAACCGCGAAUGGAAGCUCUUCAGCAAGCUGAAACGGGGUUGGAAGAGCUUGGAACUGGAUAUGCCGACUCUGCUUCUUAUGAUGAAGGGUGCCCUUGCACCAACAAUUUGUGUAGCUAUAUAUCAAGCGGAUGCCGUGGCAUCGCUUUUCAAUACAGUCGGGUAUCUGGUGGCCAUCAUUUCCGUCUUGGGAUUCUCAAUCAUGCCUCGGGCCAAGUUCAUUCAGAUGAUGGUCCUCGACGUAUUAGCUGUCUGUGUUGCAUCAGCUGUUGCUCUACUUAUGAUGUACUCGUGUGUCAAGGCACGGGAGCAUUCUGAGUCUGCCACUGCCGCUGCCGACGGAAGCACAGCAUACAACUCGUCUGCAGCAGCCGUCAGUGGCGUUUGGUUGUUCUUUGAAAUCUACCUGGUUCACACUUUUCGAGCCAAAUUCCAGCAGUUCCAGUUUCCCGUGAUUAUUUACUCGAUUGUUGCCAAUGUUGCUUUUGUUUAUGCUUCUAGGCUUGGGACCAUGGCUGCUGCGAUUGCGCUCGUCAAGAAAUUACUCGAAGCAUGCCUAACCGGGUUGGGAGUGGCAACGGGUGUCUCAUUGUUCAUACUUCCAAAAAGUACCCGAGGCAUCGUCUUCAAGCAGAUGGCCGGCUACAUCGGCGGUCUGCGUGCUGCCCUCAAUGCACACACGGUGUACUUCGAGACCUUGGAAAAGGACGACAUGUUCGGGAGGGCAGAGACGUACGAUUCGACCGUAGAGAAGGUCACCGAUAAGGGCAAGGUUUAUAGCCCGGAGGCGCAGGCUAUCCAUACAGCCUGUCAGAAAGUCACAGACCUUCAUGCCAAAAUUCAUGGCGAUUUGACAUUCGCCAAGCGCGAAGUUGCAAUUGGGAAGCUUGGGCCAGAUGAUCUCCAAGCCAUCUUCCGACACCUGCGCCAGACCAUGAUACCCGUAGUCGGGUUAAGUUUUGUUGUGGACAUAUUCCAGCGCUUGUCUGACUACAACAAAUGGAACCAGCCCAUCGACGCGACUGGGGCAGAAAUUCCCGAUCAGGUACGCCAGAGGGUUAGACUGGAGUGGAACGAGAUCAUGAGAGCAGUCCAUGAUCCUUUCAGCUCAAUGAUUCACACAAUUGACGAGGGUCUGCAUCAUGUGUCUCUUCAGCUUGAGCUAACAAAGCCGCCAAAACCAUCGAAAGCGGGCAAAGAGCCGGAAGAUGUGGAGGCAACGGCUAGUCCGAAACCGGGCGAGAAAGGCUUUGGCGAGUAUUACGAGAAAAAGCUUCGCAACUUCAAGUACGCCAAGCGAGUUGCCUUGCGAACUUGGAGCGAAGAGAAGGGGAUAAUCCUGCCACCUGACUUUUUCGAGCACCCGUCAUCAGUACAUUUGGAUGUGGACGAUAUUCCUGAUGACAAGUUUGGAGUCGGCCGAGACAGGAGCCGACGGCAGCUGUACUUGAUUCUCUAUGUGGAGCAGCUGCUCGAAUCCACUGGCCACGUUGUCCAUGAUUUUAUCCAGUUUGCAGACGAGAAGGUUGCAAGUGGGAAGCUCGCACGGAAGCGUCUCGUAAUUCCCGGCUCAAAGCGUCUGCUAAAAUGGUUCAUCAGCGCUUUCAAGGCGGAGGACUCACAUGAGGACGACAACUUGGGUGGUGACAUCAACUCACAGAACAACAUCCUUCAACUGGGCGAGGCUUAUAAACACCGAAAGGACCCGGAACACUUGCCGCCGGAGAAUAUGUUGGAGAAAAUCGGUGACAAGAUUCGCCUCAUACCCACGGCAUUGCGCUCUCCCGAGUCGGCAUAUGGGUUCCGAGUUGCGUGCGCUACGAUGACCGUUGCUGUGGUUGCUUUCCUUCACGAUACGCAGGAUUUCUUCGUCAAGCAGCGAUUCGUUUGGGCCAUGAUCAUGGUCAACCUCAGCAUGUCACCCACUUCCGGGCAAAGCAUAUUCGGCUUCGUUCUUCGUCUCCUCGGUACGGUUCUGGCCAUGGUGCUCAGUCUUCUGGCAUGGUAUAUCCCGGGGCAGAAGACGCCUGGCAUCAUCGUAUUCCUGUUCAUAUUCUUGACGUGCGUCUUCUACGUGCCGAUCAAGAUCUUCCGCUUCCGUAUCAUCGGAAUCAUCACCAUCAUCUCUACCUCGAUGAUUGUGGGCUACGAGCUCGAGGUGCGUAAGAUUGGAGAAGAGGUGGCCAGUUCCAAUGGACAGCAGUACUAUCCAAUUUACCUCCUGGGCCCGUAUCGACUGGCCACUGUGAGCGCUGGUAUAGCGGUGGCCUUCAUAUGGACAUUCUUCCCCUAUCCGAUCUCGGAACACUCUGUCCUACGCCAAAGUCUAGGAGCCUCUUUGUACCUCCUAGCCAACUACUACUCCGUUAUCCACGAGACUGUCAAUGCGCGCAUGCGCGGCGACGAGGGUGAUCUAGCACUGAAGACAUCAUCAGGUCGUCGGCUUCUCAAGGCGCGUAACAAGGUGUUCUCAAAGCAAAUGCUAAUGUUAAACAACCUCCGAACGUAUGCCGGCUUCCUGAACUGGGAAGUCGCCAUCGGCGGUCGGUUUCCAAAAAAACGAUAUAACAGUAUCAUAACUUGCAUCGAAAACAUCGUAAGCUACCUCAGUCUCCUAGGCUACGCCUCCGACACCCUCCUGCAACUCGACGGUGACGACGAAUCCGACUCCGCCUGGGUCCACGAUUUCAAAAGACUAGUCGCCAGCGCCCGCGUCACAACCCACGAAAUCACCACCGUGCUCUGUCUCCUAUCCGCAAGCAUAACAAAUCGUCAACCGCUACCUCCGUAUCUGAAAACACCCCGUCCCUACAGUUUCUCCAAGCGUCUGGAGGCGCUUGACAAAGAUAUUCUCAGUCUGCGACACAUCGCAGAGCCAGGGUUCGCUACGUUUUCCGUCCUGCAGAUCUCGACACGUUGCAUCGUGGGUGAUGUGGAGAGAUUAAUGAGGGACGUCAAAGCCCUAGUAGGCGAGUUGGACUUCUCGUUCCAUGCUAUAAGUACCGCGCAUAGUGUCAAGUCGUCGGCGGAGGUGUCGCGGCUUUCGAGACCGCCGUCGCGCGAUAAGAUGGAUUAAAUUAAUUGAUUGAUUGAUUGAUGAGGCAUGAGUGAUUGACUGACUGAUUGAUUGAUGUAUAUACCCGAUAGAUAUUUUGAUGUUGUUGCCAUGUUGUGAGGAGUAUGCCGUGGCAUUAGUCCUAAUUGAUAGUGUAUACAAACCUGAAGCAGACCGAUGAACUGUGCACUAUGUCCUUUCAUAGCAAAACAAUCAAUAAUUUUAUUUCAUCAGAAUAUCGAUUUGUAUUUACAAGUAUG